CACGUCUCAUUCAUUCAUUGAGUGGCAGUGGAGAGAUUUCUACUUUUAGACUUCAAACAGAGAGUUUUUAUGGUUCAUUUCGGGGUUUUCGUGCUGGGCUUCUCUUUAGCUUUCUGGAGCUUCACGGCAGGUCACACAGAGGAUAAAGGGCGUCAUCUGGUUGGACCACGACAGCCAAUCGAGGCCUCUGAGGGCGAUGACGUAAUCCUCCUGUGUUCUGUGUCGCCCGACUAUAACGUUGAGGAUCUGACCGUGGAGUGGUCCCUUCCCGACCUGAAGCCCGACCCCUCGGACCGCCUCAGCCGCGUCGAGUACGUCUUUGUGUACCGGAGGAGGAGAGAGGAAGUGGACAUGAAGCUGCAGAAGUUCGUCGGGAGGACGGAGCUGUUCGAGGACGAGCUGAAGGUCGGAAACAUCUCGUUAAAGAUCAGCAACGUGACGCUCGCUGACGCCGGAAAAUACCGAUGUUUCAUCCCAAAGUUAAAGGGCCGCGUGAAGGAGGCGGUCGUACGACUCGUUGUUGAACCCAGAGCCAACAUCACGUUGACGACAGAAACACAAACGAGUUCGCAAACUCCAGAUCCAAACCAAGAGACGGAUGUUAAAGUUGGUCAGCCUCCACUGUGGAUCCUGGUUCUCUCCGUCUGCAUCAUACUGCUGGCUGCUGGAGCUGGAGUUGCAUAUUUCCUCAUAAAAAGAUGUGUAAAUCGGGAAGAAAACAAAAAGUUUGAAUGGUGAUGAAACCAAUUCCUGCUUCGCUGCUCAAAUUGGAUUUGAAGAAGGAAUCUAGAAGACACCCUAAAGACAGGUUUGUGGAAAGAAGAACAUCCUGCAGGACGUUAGAGGAACUUUAAAUCUCUGAACAGAUGAUCAGUCACUACAUUAGAGGACAUCGACUUCAUGGCAGCGCUGCUUUAAGUGUAUUUAACUUUAUUCCACUGAGAGACAAAAGGAAUGAUAUUUGUUGCACUCCAACCUUUUUUUUAUUGUCCCUCGUCCUCUUCUUGCCUGAAGGAGUGUAUAUUUACAAUAUACAUGUUUUUUUUACUAUAUUGUCCCACAGAACAGCGAUGCCUGUUGCACUGAAUGAUUGUGGGUUCAAACGUCCUCGUCUAACAAGUUUUUGCACUUAAACUAAAUUGAAUCAGGAUGCACCUCACAAAGUACUUCUAAAGUAGGGUUUAGCAUUCAACGUUAGCUUGUGUUAAACACAGCUUGCUAAAAUCUCACCUGUGAACGUAUGUAAUACUAUAUCUGCCUGUUGGAUUGGUGAUUAUUAACGAACAUAACACUUCCAAAAGCAAUAAUCUAUGUUGAUACAAUUCGAAAAUAUUGUGAAUGAUUAAGACGAUACUAAAUGUACAUCAUUCAAGUGACGCGAUGAAUGUUUAUAAAGAAAAGAAAGGAACAAUUGAAACGUUCUAUAAAUGUGAA